CGCACCUCCUGGAGCCGGACUUCUUCUUCUUCCUCCUCACCUGGCGGUCUGCGGGAUCAACGCAGCCAGGAAAACAUCCCGAGGAAGAACCCAGAGGGACCUUCAACCCUCCAGUCAACAUCCAGUAAAACGUCCUGCAGCGCCACCUCCAAACUCAACUUCCUGUCGGAAACUCAGGCAACUUCCGGUUUCCUUUGCUGCGGGUGGAAGCGGAAGUGCAGGGAGGAAGCGGGCUGCUGUGAGCGCGGUGAGGAUGAAGAGGCCCGUCUCCAGUUUGAGUUUGGGCUCCAGUUUGAAGGGGAAACUGGUGAGAGCUGGUUUCCAGUUCACCACAGACCUGCAGGACCUGAACCCGGAACACCUGAGCGCAGAGGCUGGAGUCUCCCAGCAGGAGGCGCUGGAGGCGCUGCAGGCUGCCAGCUCGGGGCACGGCGUUGCCCCGGUGACGGCUCUGGAGCUCCUGCAGAAGGAGGAGGAGUUCAGGAGCAUCGUGACGUUCUGCUCCCAGCUGGACGAGGCGCUCGGAGGAGGAGUUCCUGUUGGGAAAGUGACGGAGAUCUGCGGAGCUCCAGGAGUCGGGAAAACACAGCUGUGCCUGCAGCUGGCCGUGGACGUCCAGGUGCCGGCGGUGUUCGGCGGUCUCGGGGGUCAGGUUCUGUUCGUGGACACGGAGGGCGGGUUCCAGGUCCAGAGGCUGGUGGACCUGGCUGGCGCCGCCGUGCGCCACUGCUCGCUGCUGGCUGAGGAUGAGGAGCAGCGCGUUGCCAUGACGACCUUCACGGUGGAGACCAUCCUGUCAAACGUCUUCCUGGUGCGUUGCCGUGACUACGUGGAGCUUCUGGCCGAGCUGCACCUGCUGGCCGACUUCCUGUCGAACCGGCCGAGGCUCCGCCUCCUCGUCAUUGACAGCGUGGCGUUCCCUUUCCUGCGUCUCCAUGACGAUCUGUCCCAGAGGACACGCCUCCUCCAGGGCCUCGGCCUGCGGCUUAUCGCUGCGGCGACGAGCCACAACAUCGCCGUGGUAACCACCAACCACAUGACCACGCGGCUGCACGGCAGCCAGGCACAGCUGGCGCCGGCGCUGGGCGACGUCUGGGGCCACGCCCCCUCCAUCAGGCUCCUCCUCCGAUGGGAGGAGUCACGGCGGCUGGCCUCCAUCGUUAAAUCCCCGGGUCACAUGGACGCCAGCGUCCAAUACCAGAUCACCUACCAGGGCUUUAGGGACGCUGACCAAUCAGAGCGGCCGCCGAGCAAAAGGCCUCGAAGUCAAACCGACCAAUCAGCUUCCAGCAGGAAAAACACUGGCACAUGAUUGGUCAGGGACUUUCAACCAAUCAGAGAUCAGAGCCUGAAAUUCAGUCUGCCUCUGCUCUCUGCUGGCUUCUCAUUGGCUGAGAGGAACUCACAGGUGUUCCUAUCCAGGUGUGUUUGCUGCUUUUACCUGCUCUGCUCCAGCUUAGCCCCACCCCCUGCGUGAUGUCACUCAGGUGAGGCUGCAGCAAAUCCAGACAAAGAAACUUUAACCUGAUCCUGGAGCUGCAGGAGUCCAGGUGUGUCCAGCUGCUCCUCAUCGCCUCCAUCACCUGUCCGUCGCCAUGGUAACUGAGGCUCUCUGGAUGUUUGGUUG